AUGGCUGAGCUCGCGUCAGGCGCCGUGAGCUCGCUGCUGGGCCUCCUCCGGAACGAGGCACUGCUGCUGAGCAAUGUCGGGAGCGACAUGGAGUUCAUCAAGGAGGAGAUGGAGAGCAUGCAGAGCUUCCUGGAGCACCUGGCCAGGACGGCUCGUCCCGCUGGCGGGCACGACGAGCAGGUGCGCACGUGGAUGAAGCAGGUUCGUGACCUCGCCCGUGACUGCAGCAACUUUAUCGAGCUCCACCACCGGCGCGGUGACCUCGCGGUAUACCGUGCCAGGGGCCGGCGCUGGCGCUACCUCUGGUGGGCUGACUGGCUGGUGCACAAGAUGGUCGCCCAGCACAGCGCAGCCACCCGGCUGCGCGAGCUCAAGGAACGGGCGCGUGACGUCGGCAAGAGGCGGCUGCGGUACGGUGUGGAGAUCCCACGGAACCACGCGGUCGCGGUAGGAGCAGGAGCAGGAGGAGGAGGAGGAGGAACUGCUGAUGCGGCAUCAUCUAUGCUGCUGUGGCCGUCCCAUGCUACUGCAGCGCUUGCGGCUGCAGAAGAGGAGGAUGAUGACAACGACGAAGAGGAUAAAGCGGCAGAAGCAGCAGGGACUGAUGGUCCCAAUCCCCGUCGAAUAGCCCUUGAAGAACCUCGUGUUCUGCUGGAGGACUACUGCGCCGAGAAGCUAGCAAGCUGGCUAGAGUUGCAAUCCAAGACCAAGGAGGUGGCAAUAGCAUCCACUGCCAUUGUUGCGCCGGAUGAUGCCGAGAACGCCGGCGCCAUUGCACGUGAGUCUUUGAAUUUGGCCAUCAGCCAUUUCACGCGCAAGGUGUGGAUCAAUCUUCCAGAUCUGCACCUCCCAUGGGAUCUUCCGCUUCUACCAUCAGAGAUUCUCGCCUACAUCCUGCGUGAGUGCGAGAUCCAGGAGCAGGAGAAGAUGCAGCAGCAAGCUGAAGAAGUGGUACAAGACAACAAGAAGGUCGAGGAUCAGGAUCCAGAUCCUCGACAGCGAGCUAACCGGUACAAAAACAAUCUCAUUGGCGAAAUCUGGGGUAUGAUUAAAAUUGGAAAUAUCAAUGUAAAGAUUCAAAAUAUCUUGAAGAAGAUUGGAGAAGUCGACAGCAACGAAUUUGAAGGAUCAUCCAAGAACUUGAUCACGAGCAUGACAGAUAAACGUUUAGGCGUACUCCUGCAUGUACUGCGGCUCCUGCAGAAAAUUCCUGACACGGGUUCGCCUCUAUCCUGGGAUGCGGCCAUGGAGGAAACUGCCUCCAGGUUGAAAACUCACAUGGAACAAGAAGUCGAGACUAAGCCAACUAGUAAUAUGGAACGAGAAGUCAAGGCUAAGCCCCAGAUAUGUCUCCAUGUUACCCAAUAUAAGGAUAUCCUGAAGAAGCUGUUCGCGGAGAGCAACAACCCCCAACCACAGGCCAAGGAAGCCUCCACCUCCACCAGCUCGACUGCGACUACACUGGGCGAGGAUCACAUCAAAGAAAUAAUCAACAACCACAGGAUUACACUAAACAUCAUAUGGGAGCUUCUUCCCAAGCAGCAGCAGCAGCAACUCGAAGGCAACUCUGGCACAGGCAGCAUCCAGCAGCAGCAGAGUGGCCACGAUCAAGUCGCCAAUAGUACUGCUACUGCUGCUGAAACUGUUAUCAAACAAACCAGGGAGAAAAUGAAGGAUAUCUCUGGGGAGGCUGCUAAGGCUAGUGGUGCUGUCGCUACUGCUAUCAAUGAAACCAAGAGAAAGCUAUCCAAUAUCAUUGGGGAGAUUAUAGGUCAGAUGCUUAAUAAAGGGGUAGUGGACAUGAUUAACAAGCACCUGGAGGAUGAGAAGACUCUGAUCAUCCUCCAAGAUGAUGAUAAAGACUUUGUGUCCCGCCGGUGGGAGGAUACCAGAUAUGCUUUGAAUCUACUAGGGUGCGCUGCCGGCAGCGCAGUGAUUGUGUCCACAAAGAAUAGCCAAAAGGCCAAAGAAUUUUGCAAUCCACCUGGGGAGCCAGUAACCUGUUCUCUCGUUGGCCUCUACCAUGAUAUUGUGCUCCAGCUUACAGAGCAACGGGUGAACAAUGGAAAUGACGGCUACAACUCUCAGAUCCUCCAUGACAUCUUGGACAGCUGCCAUCCACAUGAAUUCUGCAUGAAGAUCUUCGCGCACGCUCUUUUUGCUAAUCCCAACAGGAGCUACCAGGAACUGUGCAAGUUGCAUCAAGACCUGGUUCCCCAAAUGACAUUGGGCAGUAAAGCUAAAAAGAUACUCAAGUUCUCCUACAAAGAACUGCCCAGAGAAUACAAGACUUGCCUGUUGUACCUUGCUAUCUUCCCUCAAGGCCACAACAUCAGGCGGUCGACCUUAAUAGGACGGUGGGUCACUGAAGGGCUGAUAACUAAGCAAGACUGGCGCACUACUGUGCGUCAUGCCGAGCGAUGUUUUGAUGCUCUCAUCAAAAGAGGGCUUGUUUUGCCUCAUGAUAUUGAUGCCACAGGAAAGGUCAAGAGCUGCAUUGUAGGUGAUCAAGUCCAUAGGUUUAUCACCAAGAUGGCAAAUAAAGAGCACAUUUUGGAUGCACGCCUGGCAGAUCAAUGGGCUCGCCACUUCUCUAUCUUUAGUGGCCUCCGACUCCGUGCCUCUGAUAGGAUUGAGAAGUUUGUGCAAAGGCUCCCCAAGUAUUCACCACAAUUGCCAUUGCUCAAGGUGCUAGAUCUGGAAGGCAUCAACUGCUUUGAGAAGAAUCAGUACCUCAAGGACAUAUGCAACAAGAUAUUACUUCUCAAGUAUUUGAGCCUAAGACGAACAAAUGUUACCAAACUGCCCAUUGAAAUCAACAACCUCCAUGAGCUUGAGGUCUUGGAUAUCAGACAGACAAGGGUGCCUGAGAAUGCCACAAGAAAUGUCCUGCUCCUGAAGCUGAGGCGCUUGCUGGCAGAUCGUGUUGAUUCAAGUUCAGGAAUGUGUGCCAAGCCAUGCUCUGCUGUCCAGAUUCCCAACCAAAUCGAUAGGAUGGAAAAUUUGGAGGUACUGUCAAAUGUCAAAGCUUCUGGGGACGGCAGUGACUUGAAAAAAAUAAGAAACCUAUGGCAGCUGAGGAAGCUAGGUGUGGUUAUCGAAGACAACUACAAUCACCUCAGGAGGUUGUUCCGAGCUAUUAGUGACCUUCAUGAGUGCCUUUUGUCUCUUUCAGUCACUAUAUCACCAUUCACUGAAACUAAGAAAGUAUCCUCCAGCGAAAAGAGACUACUACAAGAGAAUAUAAAGAUUUGGAGAAAAAAUACUCGCAAGCUUGAGAGCCUAACCAUCAAUGAAGUCACACACACAGAAAAUGUGCAGCUUCUCGAAUCAUUGGCCAAAGGUUGCGACGAUCUUGCCAAGGUAACUCUAAGCAGCACCUUGUUGGAACAGAAAAGCCUAAUGGUUCUUGCUAUGCUUCCCAAACUACACUCUGUCAGGCUCCGAUGCACUGCAUAUAGUGAGACAAAACUCACCUUCAACAAGGAAGAAUUCCCACAACUCAAGUACUUUCUUGUUGAGGGUCCUGACAUGACAGAUGGAAAAACAAGCAUGACUGGAACUGACAUCAAGUUUGAAGAUGGAGCAACUACUGAGCUAGAGAAGAUCGUCUUGUCCUUCACCAACAUAAGGUCUCUUUGUGGGAUUGACAACCUUCCAAAACUGAAGGAGCUUGAGCUAGAAGCAAACCAAUUUCUUCUUUCAUUUUCUCAUGAAGAAGCAGCUCCUAAGCAACAAACUGAGAACAAAGAUGACGAGCAAAAUACCCAAAAUGGAGACCCUGACAAAAAUUCAGAGAGCAGAGCUCUCGGGCAUAACACCCAAGAUCAGCAAAGCACCAAGAGCAGAGCAGCUGCCGAGCAAGGCACUCAGAGUAGAGCCCCUGAGCAAAGCACUGAGAGCACAGCAGCUGCCGAGCAAUACACUCAGAACAGAGCCCCUGAGCAAAGCACCGAGAGCAGAGCAGCUGCUGACCAAGACGUUGAGAAAAGCACUCAGAGCAAAGGCACUGAGCAAAAAGCUCGGAGCAGAGUUCCCAACCAAAACACCAAUACAAGAGCUGCUGAGCAGAAUACAGUUCCUAAGCAAAACACAGAGAGCAGAUUCACCUUCAAGAAGGACAAAUUCCAACAUCUCGUGUGCUUUCGAUUUAAGGACUCCAAAAUGACCAACAUCAUCUUCGAACCUGGAGCAGCUCCUGAGCUCAAGAAGAUCGCAUUAACCUUGGACGACACAAGCUCCACACUUACUGGGAUCAAUGGACUUCCGAAACUUAAGGAGGUCGAGUUGAAGGGUGACAAAUUCCUUCUCAAGUUUUUUGACCAAACCUAUCGAAUUUCCAUGAUGACCCUUCAAGAUACUCAUCUGAAGCAAGAAGAUAUACAUAAACUUGGAAAGAAACCAAACCUACACUGCCUAGUGCUAUCAGACAAGUCUUACGAUGAAAGCCAGCUUACCUUCAAUAAAGAUGAGUUCCCAAAACUUGACCUUCUUAUUGUCGAGUGUCGUAACAUUGACAGCAUUAGCUUCACCGACAAAUCAGCUGCUCCUAAGCUAGAGAGGAUUGUUUGGUCCUUUAGUGAGAUGAAGUCUCUCUCUGGCAUCAGCAAUCUUCUGAAGUUGAAGGAGAUCGAGUGCAGUGGUGAACAUGUGCCUUAUCAGGUGAGGAAAGACAUUACAGCACAUAAAGGGAAACCUGUUCUUACACACAAGAGGCCACUGCAAAAAGGCCAAGCAAAAGAAACAAGCACAGGAGAAGAGGGCGAUGAUACAGGAUCUCCACUGAUCUCCCGCUUCUUGAAGAUCAAGAGUCGAGGCUAG